UUAGUUUUAUAAUUCCUUUUUUUUUUACCUGCACAGCGACUGCCACUCAUCCACCAUAAGGAAUUUCUUGAGGGGUAUCCCAAAAAGCACCUCCUCAACUAGCAUGAUGAUCUUAUAUAAAGAAACAACUGCUCUUUCCUCCCUCAACUUUUAGUUUGCCUCAGAGCCAUGAGCCAUCUUCUGCAACUCUCCCUUUUAAUCUCCAUUGCUGCACUCCCCUUCUGCUGCUGUUUGGACCAACAGAAACACACUGCUUUCCAUGAAAGAUGCUCUGAUUUUCUCGCAACAAACCAAAAUUCUUCACUGAAAGACCACAUACUAAGGCUGGCUAAUGAUCCAUCCUCUGUGAACUGGAUGAAGAAGAUAAGGAGGAAAAUCCACGAGAACCCAGAACUCGCGUAUGAGGAAUUUCACACAAGUGAGCUCAUUAGGCUCGAGCUCGACCGCCUCGGUAUCAGUUACCGGUGGCCGGUGGCUCGAACCGGCGUAGUAGCUACCAUAGGGACUGGUUCUCCUCCCUUUGUGGCUCUGAGAGCAGAUAUGGAUGCCCUGCCCAUUCAGGAGUUGGUGGAAUGGGAGCACAAGAGCAAAGUGGAUGGCAAAAUGCAUGCCUGUGGACACGAUGCCCACGUCACAAUGCUCCUUGGCGCUGCAAAAAUCCUGCAAGAACUCCGAGAGAAUUUACCGGGAACUGUUGUUCUAAUAUUUCAACCAGCUGAGGAAGUUGGGGAAGGUGCAAAGGAAAUGAUCCAAGAAGGGGUGCUUGAAAAUGUGGAUGCUAUCUUUGGGAUGCACACGGUGCACUCCUAUCCAAGAGGCGUUGUGGCAGCCCGGCCUGGGAACUUUUUAGCUGGGUGUGGGGGAUUCAAAGCGAAGAUCCGUGGCAAAGGGGGUCAUGCAGCAAUCCCUCAAAAGUCCAUUGAUCCCAUUUUGGCAGUUUCAGCAUCGGUAAUUAGCUUGCAAAGUAUUGUUUCAAGGGAGACAGAUCCUAUGGAUUCCCAGGUGGUAUCAGUGGCUAUGAUCCAUGGAGGGACUGCCUUUAAUAUCAUUCCUGACUCGGCUACAAUAGCUGGCACUUUCAGAGCUUUUGGCAAGGAGAGCUUCUAUGCACUGAGGGACAGAAUCGAAGAGGUUAUAAAAGGGCAAGCUGCAGUGCAUCGGUGUUCAUCCGAGAUUGAGUUCACAGGCGCAGAGCAUCCCACAAUUCCUCCUACCAAAAAUGAUGAGGGAAUUUACGAACACGCACGAAGAAUCUCUAGCAAUAUCUUGGGAGAGGAAAACACAAAAAUAGCUCCUGCCUUCAUGGGCAGUGAAGAUUUUGCCUUCUACUUGGAUCAAGUCCCUGGCUCCUUCCUGCUAAUAGGAGUAGGAAAUGAGAGGACUGGAUCCAUAUACCCUCCCCACAGCCCUUACUUCAGCAUUGAUGAAGAUGUGCUUCCCACUGGGGCAGCCAUACAUGCUUCAUUUGCACAUUCAUUCCUCUCAACAAAAAAAUUGACCCCCCAUUGCUAGAAACUAUGUCUUCUUAUUCAUUUGUUAUAUUUUUUUCUUUUUAGCAAUUCUUCUCUAAGUUGUUCCUAGCUCUGAAUUUGUUCAUUGCAAAGUUCAUUCACUUUUUUUCU